AUGUUCCAAGAUGUGGUUGGAGACUUCACCCAAGAGGAAUGGAGCCUGUUGGAUCCUGCUGAGAAGGACCUUUUCUGGAAUGUGAUGCUUGAAAACUAUGAGAACUUUGCCACCCUUGUGAAACCCUUCAAAUGUAAUGAAUGUGGUAAGGCUUUCAGCAGUAAGAACUACCUAAUUCAACAUAAAAAAAUUCAUACUGUUGGGAAACCCUUCAAAUGUAAUCAAUGUGGGAAAACAUUUAUAAGUAAUAGCUAUGUAUUUCAGCAUCAAACAAUCCAUGCUGGAGGGAAGCCUUAUAAAUGUAAUGAAUGUGGGAAAGCUUUCAACAAUAAGCAAUACUUAAGUAAACAUCAAAAAAUUCAUACUGGAGUGAAACCCUUCAAAUGCAAUGAAUGUGGAAAGGCCUUCAGCAGCAAUAGCUAUUUAAUUCAACAUAAAAAAGCUCAUACUGGAGUGAAACCUUUCCAAUGUAAUGAAUGUGGGCAAGGAUUUAUGAGUAAUAGCUUUCUAAUGCAGCAUCAGAUAAUCCAUAUGGGUGAAAAAACCCUAUAA